CUCCUCCUCCUCUAUGGUUCUUCAUUUCCUUGGUCUUUCAGAGAAACCCAAAAUGUUUACUAGUAACUCAGAUGUUCCAGAGAAAUCACUACAUAUGAAGCAAGAUGGCAAAUUCUUCUCUAAACUUCUAACCAGAGAAGCCAACAACAAUCCUUCUUUCAGAGUGUAUAAUGGAGGAGUAGUUGGUUCAGUCCCAUUUAUGUGGGAGUCUAGGCCUGGUACACCCAAGAACAAACUCUGUGAAAACUCUCUUCGUCCUCUUACUCCCCCACCUUCAUAUCAUUAUUUCGAUUCCAACAAGAAACCCAUCAAGAAAAAUUCAAGAUCCAGUCUCUUGUACUCUCUGUUUCCAAGAAUCAAUCUCAGGAGGAACAGGAAAUCGAAUGUGUUCUCCACUCGGACCAAUCCCUUAUCAUCAUCAUCACUGUCUUCAAACUCUUCUUCUAGCUUUGCUUUGUCUAACUCAAGAUAUUGUGAUGAGAGAAGCUCUGUUUCUUCGUUCCAUUCUGUAGCGGAUUGUGAAGAAGUGCAGAGUGGAUCGCCAAGAUCAGUUCUGUGCUUUGGACUGAACAGAGGGUUUGUCUGUCAUUUUGGUGGAUGCAAGAAAUGGUGAUCAUAAUUCAUGAAGCAAGCAAGCAAGCAUUGUGUGUUCUUGGCUCUGGCCAAUUUACUCUGUUUUAGGAUUUAAGGGUUUGCUGGUUCGUCUAUUGUGGUUGAACUUGCAAAAUUGAAAAAAAAAAUGUAUGAUGGUUAAUUUACUUUGUACCCUCAAAAAAUUACGAGAUAUGAAUUACUUGGCCUAAAAUUUUUUCUC